AUGGCCCAGUCUCGUGAGGACUCUGUCUACCUUGCUAAGCUCGCCGAGCAGGCUGAGCGCUACGAAGAGAUGGUCGAGAACAUGAAGCGUGUCGCUUCCUCCGACCAGGAGCUCACCGUCGAGGAGCGCAACCUCCUCUCGGUCGCCUACAAGAAUGUCAUCGGUGCCCGCCGUGCGUCCUGGCGCAUCGUCUCCUCCAUCGAGCAGAAGGAGGAGUCAAAGGGUAACGAGGUCCAGGUCAAGAUGAUCAAGGGCUACCGGGAGAAGAUUGAGAGCGAGCUCGCCAAGAUUUGCGAGGACAUCCUUGACGUUCUCGAGAAGCACUUGAUUCCCUCGGCCGCUUCUGGCGAGUCGAAGGUCUUCUACCACAAGAUGAUGGGUGACUACCACCGCUACCUUGCGGAGUUUGCGACCGGCGACAAGCGGAAAGAGAGCGCCGACAAGUCGCUCGAGGCCUACAAGGCCGCGUCCGAUGUUGCCGUCACCGAGCUCCCCCCUACCCACCCCAUCCGUCUCGGUCUCGCGCUCAACUUCUCCGUGUUCUACUACGAGAUCCUCAACUCGCCUGACCGGGCCUGUCACCUUGCCAAGCAGGCGUUCGACGACGCAAUCGCGGAGCUCGACACCCUCUCGGAAGAGAGUUACAAGGACUCGACUCUCAUCAUGCAGCUGCUCCGCGACAACCUCACCCUCUGGACGUCGGACAUGCAGGAGUCUGACAAGUCCGCGGACAAGGACGAGGGCGCUGAGGCUCCCGUAGAGGAGGGCGCGUAA